UCCAAUCCACCCGCCCCCCCGCCUUCCGGGCCCACCAUCUGCGCGCCGGAGCUUCCCAAUGGUCUGCAGAGAGGAAGGCGAGCUGCGGCUCUGCUUUCCUGCAGGAGGGCAGAGGGCGGCGGCGGCGGCGGAGGAGGCGACAAGCGCAAGGCCGAGAAGGAGGAGUCCCGGCCAACGCCAUUGAUUCAAGUCCGGCAGCGGCAUCCCCGGGUCCUGGAGCCCUCCAUCUGCAAGCGGCUUUUCAGAAGCGUUUUUUCUCACUUUUGGAGCCUCUCCAUGCGGAAGGGAACUGAACAGAAGCUGGGUUCAUAAUUUGGGACAUUUCGCUACGCUGGUACCAAGGUUACAACCUGAAGGUUGAAGUUUCUUCUAAUGCAAUGACCCAGCAGCCACAGGAUGAAUUUGACAGCAGUGUGGAGAAGGCAGUAGAUUGGAUGAAGACCAUCCAGGAGAGACUGCGGAUCAAUGACAACACCAAGGGGCCUCGGUCUGCCUUGGAGGCCAGGCUGAGAGAAACAGAGAAAAUCUGUGCAUCAGAACCUGAAGGCCGUUUGAAGAUUGACUUGGUUCUAAUGAAGGCUGAUGCACUCCUUCAGUGCAUCGAUGAGGAGAAAAAGCAUGAGAUACUCUCCAAACUAAAAGAUAUCAAAGCCAUGUGGGAGGAAACAGCCAUAUACAUUACUCAUUGCCACAGCCGUAUCGAGUGGGUGUGGCUGCACUGGAGUGAAUACUUGAAAGCCCGAGACGAGUUCUAUGUCUGGAUUCACAACAUGAAGGUGACCUUGGAGCCCGACAUCGAGCUGCAGCUUGGCCUAAAAGAGAAGCAGUGGCAGCUUAGCCACGCCCAGGUCCUGCUGAACGAUGUUCUCAAUCAAUCUGUCCUGCUGGAAAGGCUCCUGGAGGAAGCGGCUUCCUUGUAUAGCCGGAUCGGAGACCCCAGUGUUGACGAAGAUGUCCAGAAAAAGAUGAAGGAGGAAUAUGAAGAAGUCAAGAAUGAAGCACAGAGACGAGUACAGCUGCUUGAAAAGAUAACAAAAGAACACGAGGCGUACAAGGGCAAGGUUGACCAGUUUCAGCUGUGGCUGACCCAUGUGACGGAGAUAUUAAAUUGCUGCCUUGGCCAAGAAGCAAAAUUGCCAUCAGAAAACAGAAUUAAGCCAUUGAAGGACCUUGUCAAAGAGGUGAAGAGCGGCGAAAAGAAACUGAGACAUCUUGAAGCUCAGUCCACAGGUGUGAUGCAAAACACCUCCCCGCUAGGUGCAGAGAAGUUAAAAGGUGAGCUUGAGGAUCUGAGAAAAGCCCUGGAGAAGCUGAAAUUGGUGUGCCAUGAGGAAGAGCAGCGACUGCUGAAGACCCUCAAAUCUGAAAACGCCUAUCACUCACAAGCCAGGCAGUUAGAAGCUGAGGUUCAGGAGUUCCGGGAAAUCCUGCAAAGGCUAGGAAACGACUUUGAACUGGAUGACCGAGUGAGAAGUGAAGAGGAUUUAAUCGCUCGGUGGAGAAAGUACAUGGCAAUGAGAGCAACUCUUACAGCUGAGGAAUCGAAGGUCGAGAGGCUAAAGGCUCAGCUCCGGGAGUUGUUCAGGUUUUCGCAGGACAUGCAGCCUCUUUCGGAGAGUGUGAUAUGUGCAAUACGGGAAUAUCAAAGCCUGAAGGGGAAGACUUUUAAAAUGAGCACGGAGGCUGAAACAGAACUGAGGCAGCGCUUUCAGAACCCACUGAGGGAGUUCCAGCUGUGGAAGCCAUCCGUGCAGAGGUUCCUGGACACCACAGCAAAUGUUUCUGACCCUGCCCUGACAGAUGCUUUCUUGCUUCAGACUGAGGCAUUUCUGGCUGAGAGCUCCCGCUUUAAGGAACAGCUCCUGAUGUUACAGUUGAAAAAGGAUUUCCUGAAUAGCAUCUUUGAUGAGGAUAGAACAAAGUCUUUCUUGGCUGAGGUAGCUGAUGCUGCAAAGGAAACAGAGCGCCUACACAAAGAUCUACUUCAAAGGAAAAGCAGGUUACAGGCUUUGGUCUCCCAGCACAAAGACUUUGAUGCAAUCUUUGAACCUUUGCAGAAGAAACUGUCUGCGAUCAGAGCCAAAUUAGAUGCAGAAAAGGAGCCACUGCCUGAUCUGGUGGGUAAAGAAGCCCGCCUGCAAAGGCUACAGAACAUCCAAGAAGACCUGGCAGAGUGUGGACUUCAACUGGAAGAACUGGAAAAACUUGUUCAUUCUGACCCUGGACGGAUACACAGAAUAAAGCAGCUUUCCUCCGACUACCAGAUGCUGAAGAGGUCUCUGGAGAACAUGAGAGCACAGAGUAAGCAGCACGUUCAAAAACACUGGACAUUUAAUGACCAAUUGUCAGACCUCCAGCAGUGGCUUCUGGUGACCAGGCAGAAGCUGGAAUCCUAUCGGGAUGCCAAUGGGGGAUGGAAAACGAACAACAGGUCUUCGGAUUUGGAGAGGCUGCAAACUGAGUUCCCAGACAGAGAGAUUCAGUUACAACUUGUGGAAGCCAAUGGACAAUUGGUUGUGGAAAAUACUUCUCCGGAAGGGGCUGUGCAUAUCCAGACUCAACUGAAGAAGCUGAAGGAAUCUUUCACGUCACUCGAAGACAUGAUGUCAGGCUUCCUCAAAAAAAUCCACCCGAACCGGACAGCAACAUACGUGAGCAAGAAAGUGACCCUGACAGACAAUGUGCCCUCACACAGGCUUGUCUUUCGUCCUGUAGAUGAUUCCAGCUACUCCCAGGAGGACAUGGCUGAAGGGGAAGAUUUCAGCAAUCUUCAACUCAUGAAGGACUUUGAGCAGUGGUUGCAAGGAGAAAAUGCCAAACUAACCGGAAUUCUUGCCAUGAAAUCGUCCAGUAGCGAAGACCUUAAAGCAAGACACAGCAAGCUAAAGGAGCUUCAGGAUCGUGUUCCUGAGGGUCAGCAUCUGCUUGAAGAUCUCCUACGCCUUCCGCCAAUGUUCAGGAACUCUGAUGAACUGGAGGAGUUGCGCUAUCAAUGGAUGCUCUACAAGUCUAAACUGAAUGAUUCCAGCAAUUCUUUGAUGACAAGUUCUUUGGAGAAGCCAGCCAUAUUCAGAAAGGGACGACCAACGGGAGCAUGCGCUUUCCUACGCCGCGUAUGCUGCGCAGCGCUACCCCUCCAGCUGCUCCUGUUACUUCUUCUGCUCCUCGCCUUCUUGCUCCCUCUAGUGGAAGAGACACACAGCUGCAAGCUUGCCAACAACUUUGCACGCUCCUUCAACCUGAUGCUGAGAUACGAAGGCCCACCACCAACUUAAAUCCUCUGCGCAUACAGGUGCAGCUGAGGUGACCAAUGGAGUUUUCUAGGUGGCUUUUCCCCUGGGAUGUCUUAUCUACUGCAGGACCCCUGGAAUCCAGGGCAGCUAGGGAGGGACCCAUGCAAACUGGAAACUUAGUCAGACAACAUUGUCCAUAUAUGCUCAUUCUAUAGAAAUGAAGUAUUCCUAUUUAGGGAUAAAAUUAUUUUUUAUAAAUAUAUUACUAUAUUUAUACUGUA